AUGCGUCAUUCUAGAUCUUAUGGAUUCUUACCUAAGAUUUGUAAUAAGAUCUUGGUGCAAGAUAAUCGUAUUAUCUUGUACCUAAAUUUUCAAGAUCUGUCCACUUAUCUGUACCCAAGAUCUUACUUGCAAGAUGUUUCACUAGAUAGCAAUGGAUCUGGUUUGCAAUUGAACGAUUCAAAUGAUAAACUCGCUAAUACCACAAGUGAAGAAAAUUUCGAUGCACAAUCGCGUGAAGUUCAAUUUGGAAAUGAAUUUGAUUUAAAUCGAGAAAAUGUUUUGAAUUUUGAAUAUGGAACCGUGGAACUGGAUAUGUUAAAUUCAAAAUUUUCAAACAUCUACUUUGACUGUUCACCUUAUCACAUCAUCAACAGAGAAUUACAACAGGUGAUACAACAAGUUGAUAUUAAACGUAUCAUUCCAGAAAGUUCAGCUCCUCACCUCCAGAUACCUGAACGCCCAAAUAUAUGGGAGUCUCACCCAAUAUUUGUUGGUCGCGUAUAUCAAUUAAUUGCCGAAUUAUUUGAUAUACCUCUACGUAGGGGUGGGCCAUUAACAUUAAUUUUAUAUUAA